AUGAGCGAACGUAUUGUUCGUCCAUCGACAGUGACAAAAACAUAUGCAAUUUAUCCAUCUCAUAAUGACAGUUCGGAUGAGUCAGAUUAUCGAAUUUUAAAAGCUUAUCCGGUUAAACAAUCAAAACCAAAUCGACCAUUACAGUCCCAUGAAAAAACAUAUCUGUGGUUAAAACAUGCAUCUCGAUCAGAGCCACGAAUACUAAGUGUGAAAAAAAUACCAGUUCGUCCUCAAAGACAUGUGAGAUCAGCUAUUCAACAAACAGAUGACAUAAUCGAACCUGCACCAACCUCAAAUCAAUUACAAUUCUCUCAAGUAAAAGACGAGGAGAAACUUGCACCUGAUCGUAAUCCACGCUGUUUAAAAUGUUUACGGAUCUUCAUACUGAUACUCAAUUCUUUGUUGUUAUUAAUCUCUAUACUAUUACUAAUAUUUUCCUUAAAUCUAUUAUUAAAUCCAUCAAUGACGAAAUUGCAUUACAUUGCUAUCGUGUUACCUCAAGCAACUCCAUCUUCGUCAUUUUCGAAUACUAGUGCAACUGACACAUUACUUGUAACAGCAAUUGUAGGGCUUAUAUUUGGGUGUUUAUUUCUAAUUGUUUCUGUGUUGGUGUAUGUUACAGUUAUAUUUCGUCGACGCUUACGUUAUCUAGCUGCCAUAUUUCUUUUAUUUACAUUUCUCAUGCUAGUCGGCUUGAUCAUAUUUUUGGCAAUCGUCGGAGAUACAGAAUUACAACGACUAAGCUACAGUACAUCAUUAAUUGUUCUCAGUUCAUAUUACAAAGUGAGUUUAGUACAACAGGGUUGGGAUUUUGUACAAUAUUAUUUCAGUUGUUGUGGUAUCCAAAACAAUACGGAUUGGCUGGUACCACCGACAGGUGGGUGGAUAUCAACAUCUCAAUUACCACGCUCAUGCUGUGGUCAUGAUUCUCAUGAUGCUGGCUAUAUUGGACGAAUCUUUGUUGCUUCUUCAGUACCUACUCUAACGGGUUAUUGCUACUAUGGUGAUAUCGAACAAGCGACGUGUUAUAGUUCUAUUAAACAAAAUCUCAUUCUAGCAGUAUUAGUGUUUCUAUCGAUCGUAGCACUACUCAUUCUCGCAUUAUUUAUAUUAACAAUCAUUUGGUUUGUUCAAAGUAGAAAAAGACAAGCAAAACAGGACAACCCAGCAAUAUCUGAGAAUAACAACAAUUUCCGUUCGACAAGGGAAUUAAGAACUACUGGGACUGAAACGAUGUCAUAG